AUGGUUAAUAGCUCUUUGUUAAUAUCAAACAACAAAGUAAACAAAGAAAGUCUACCCCCAAUACACAUUAAUAACUCGGUUAUUGAAUUUGUGUUGAAUGCAACAAAUCUCGGUGUAAUCUUUAACGAACGCUUAAACUGGACUAAUCACAUCCAAAGAAAUAUUGCAAAGACAUAUGACAUGUUAAGAAAUCUAAGGGCUGUACAAAACUCAACCCCACUGAAUAUUCGAAUGCUGCUUGCAAAGACCUAUUUGGUCCCAGUGCUCCUGUAUGGAUGCGAAUUAUUUGCCAACUGUAAUAGUGCUGAUAAACGAUUGUUGACCGUAGCAUACAAUAGCAUAGCUAGAUAUAUCUUUCAAAAAAGUCGGCGGGAGAGAAUAUCGUCAUACUCGUGUAUUACAUUCCUACACAAAAUAAUCUACACUCGCGAACCGUCAUACCUUUAUACGAAAUUGCAAUUCGCUCGUUCCAAUCGUGGAAGAAAAAUUAUCCAGUUACGCUACAGAAAAACUAAGUCUGAAUACCAGUUUUUGAUAAAUACCAUUCGUCUUUGGAACAACCUCCCCACAACAUUACAAAUAGUUAGCAACGCAUCUCGCUUCAAAAAGGAUUUGUCAACAUAUUUGCAGUAA